AUGUCGCGAUCAUCAGAGAAGUAUUUGACGCCCCUCUGGAAUUCUCUGGCCGCGGCGAUCAGGAAGGCCGCCGACCUCCACUUGGGGGACAAGGUCGGCCAAAUCCUGCUCUCCCAAGUGGAGACAGACGACCUAACCCUCAUCAAGCAUGCGAGCCAAAUUCCCAAUCGGCGAAGAGGCUCUCGCUUCGUGCGAGAGUGGCCCAUCGAGUCUCUCCUCAAGCAGCGGCUUGAGAACUCCAAGAAGGAAGCCCGGCGGAAGGCGCAGGAGACCACUGGCGUUUAG